UUCUAUAUACCAACUCAAUUGUAUUUUACUGUCGCUGGAGGUAUUUUUACUUGUCUCUCAAUGUAUUUAGAUAAGUAACGCUUAAUUAGCGUGUUUAAUAUAUAAGAUACAGAGCUGCAGAUGUUUGUUAAUUGGAAAACGAGUGAAAAAGAUACAUUAAUAUAUUGAGAGAAGAAAAUAGAAGACAACACCUCUUCUGCAUGAACACAUGAAUUUAGAUUUAAAACACGUUAUUCCUUCUUAAGGCAUUUAUUUUUAUAUCAUUAAACAUAUUUUACAUAACAUUUGACUGAAGGAAAUAAUAUUAGACUAAAAAACUAUAAUAAUAUUUUCCGUCAUCAGUGCGUCUAUCGAAUGUUUAUUGGAAAGUAAGCCAGGAGCCAUACAUGUGCAAAGUAUCACAGGAAAUGCAGAAAUUUCUAUUUUAAAGUUUUAAUCCAGCAACCUCCGUCAAUGAACUUGAACAAACUAUUAUGGCUAAUAUCACUAACGAAGCAAUGUUGAACCACACCGAGUAUGGAAAUAUGUUUUGGCUUCCGUGGUGGCAACAGUUUCUCUUCAUAACGGCAUUUAUAAUUCUCAUUUUGGUGGCAGCAGUUGGUAAUUUAGUUGUAAUAUGGAUAGUUUUAGCACAUAAACGUAUGAGGACAGUAACUAAUUAUUUCUUGGUCAACUUAGCAGUAGCUGAUGCUUUGAUUUCCAUUCUGAACACAUUGUUCACAUCAACUUUUCUCAUGUACCAGGAUUGGUGGUACGGAAACGUAUGGUGCAAGUUUACUAUGUUUAUAUCUAUUUGUACAGUAGUUGCAAGUGUACUGACACUUAUGGCGAUCGCAAUAGAUAGAUACAUGGCUAUUAUACAUCCGCUACGACCACGACCAACAAGAAGAGUCGUUCUAGCGAUUUUGUGUAUAUGGACAGUAUCUAUAGCUCUAGCACUACCAAAUCUGAUGUAUGGGACUCUUAUCACAUACCCGAAUAUAUCACAGAAAACAUGUGGCAUUGUAUGGUCAGAUGGAACACCGGCGGAAAGCAAGAUUGAUUUCUGGUAUAAUGUAGUCAUCAUAAUUGUAUCUUAUGUGAUACCUAUGGCUAUACUGAUCUUAGCUUAUAGUAGAAUUGGUAAAGAAUUAUGGGGUCAUAGGGCUAUUGGAGAAAAUACACAACUACAGUUUGACCGGAUACAGUCCAAACGAAGGGUUGUAAAAAUGAUGAUUUUUGUGGUGAUUGUGUUUGGUGUCUGCUGGUUACCAUAUCAUCUCUACUUUCUGUUGGCAUCAUCAGUUCCUGAUAUAACGUUGGCAAAAAAUGUACAACAAAUAUAUCUGGUGAUUUAUUGGAUAGCAAUGAGUAACUCUAUGUACAACCCUAUUAUAUACUGUUGGAUGAAUGAAAGAUUUCGUUCGGGAUUUAUUGAAGCGUUUUGUUUCUGCCCAUGCCGGCCAUGCAAGAGGAUAAAGAAAAAAUAUGUGACAUGUUUAAAUCCUGUUCGCUCCUUUGCAAUGUCAGAGAAAUUCAGGAACGGAUCAAUGAUGCAGACUAUGACUGACUAUAUAGAUGAUUCAGGAAAUGCCGGAACUGGUUUGGUUCGUGAUAAAAGACAUAAUAGCAAUGACUAUGAUGAGUGUUGAUAUUUUUGUAAUUCGAUACUGAGAUGUGGAGCUAUGUUCGUUAGGAAAACCCAAGCUCCUGUAGGGAUGAGGAAAUAUAAAAUUAAUGUACCAUUUACAAAUUGUUACAUCGUGUAGUAAGUGAUGAUGGUUUUCCGUUCUUAAAUACAAAUGUAGAUACCACGUUAAUUAGAGAUUUUGAAAAAAUGGUUACUUGACUAUAUGACUUUUUUUACGUCAGUUUAGAUUUGACGGUAUAAUUAGUUAAAUGCAUUUGUUUCCUGUUUCUCUUGCAAAGAAAAAUCAAAUUGAGUGAACAAUAAACUGUUCUGUUUGAAAUAUAUGUAUUUUUUUUAAACACUUCUAUGGCAUCUAUUCACACGCGCAUAUUGUACAUGUCUAUAAUCACUGUUAAAUGCUAACUUAUGUUUGGGUAAAAUAUUUUGUACGUUAUUUUGUUGUGUUAAAGAUAUAUACUAUACCAUUAAAUGUCUUUUAAUAUUCAAUUGUUAAGUCUACAAAUUUCCAAAAAGAAGUUUG